UUUGAUUGCUGAUGCAUUUAAGUACCAGCUUUUCAUCUGGUUAAAGUUCCUAAACAGCCAGUGGAAGCUUCUCUGAAUAUGGGCGUGUCCUGGCCAGUAAUGCCAACUCCCUGAUCUGCUCACGUGUGCAAUCUCACGUGCUCUGAUAUUCAUUACUCCCACAACUCCAUCUUCACCACCAUGCCCCGCCAACGCAACUCCCUUCUGGGCCGUCUCGAGCCGUUGCAGCCCCGGGCGUCCCGCUCGCGGUCUCGUUCACGCUCCCGUUCCGCAUCCACUGGCCACUCACACUCCACCUUCUUCAACUUCAUCAUCGGAAGCACUCCCUCGCUGUCUUCGUACAAACAGCCAUCCAAGAACAAGAACAGGCUCGUCUCGCUUUACCGGCUCCUCCUCAUCGAGUUGAACCUCCCAGUGGACUCGCUCCAGGGCCCAAGCCAGCCGUCUUCCAGUAAGGAGGCAUCAGAGUCCUAUGACGAGCUCAUCAGCAUGGUCCAGAUCCCGUUUUAUUUGGAGAACUUCAUGGUGUUUGGGCUUCUUAUCUGCCUCAAUUCGUUCCUCACCUUGUUCACGGUGACUCCCUUGAAGAUCUUCAUCACCUGCGUGGCCGGGGUCAAGAAACUCGUGUCUACAGGCACUGCUCGUACCACGUUUGCUCCCGUCAAAAAGGACUUUGUCACUGUGUCCAUCAUCGUGUGUUCGCUCGUGGUGCUCUCAUCGCCCCGACUCGACAUCUCCAAGAUGUACCACGACAUCCGUGGCCUGGCACACAUCAAAUUGUACGUGAUGUUUGGAGUUCUCGAGGUGGCUGACAAGUUGUGCUCUUCUUUGGGCCAGAACUUCCUCAAUAUCCUCCACGAGAUCCCUCUCACCGAUUCCUCUGCUUCCCAGAGGCUCAAGCUCGUGUUCUUCUUCGCGGUUUCCGUGCUUUACCUCUCGUUCCACGGGUACAUUCUCAUCUACCAAACGAUUUCGUUGAACGUGGCAGCCAACUCGUACUCAAACGCGUUGCUAGCGCUUCUCUUGUCCAAUCAGUUUGCCGAGUUGAAGAGCUCGGUGUUCAAGAAGUUCGAACGAGAGGGUCUCUUCCAGAUCACCAUGUCGGACUUGUGCGAGCGGUUCCAGUUGUCAAUCAUGCUCAGCAUCAUCACCCUCCGCAACUUCCUCCAGUUGGGCCAGAUCGGACUCAUUCCCAAUAGCUGGAAGAGCUGGAACACCUGGCUCGGGUCCAUUUUUGGGCCUGGUGUCAUCGUCAUUGGCAGCGAGAUCUUUGUCGAUUGGUUGAAGCAUUCUUACAUCGCCAAAUUCAACAAGAUCCGCCCUCGCAUCUACAGAAACUUCCUCUACGUGUUAAGCUUGGACUACUUGACAGUUCUCAACUUCGACAACUCGACUGGCUCCGAUUAUGUGGUGCUCACCAAGCGCAUCGGAUUGCCUCUCCUCGCCACCAUCGUCUGUUUCUUGCGGAUGACUCUCACCGACUUCAAGCAGCUUUUGAUCUUUCCCUACUCGAUGGCUGCCACCACGGGCAUCGUGUUGGUGACGUUUGCCACGUUGGUGCUUGUGCGGUUGAUCCUAGGCUUGGUGAUUCUCAAGCUCGCCAACAAGAUCAAGUUGGAGCACAGAGAGUACCAGGACUCGUUGCGAGGAAUGCGGCUAGAUCCGUUCCAGGAACUUGCCAAAGGACUGGAGGCACCACAGCCGUUUGGCAGUCCUACUCCAGUCCGGUUUCCCGUGGCUGGUGACGAACAAGACUUGCCUCCCCAAAGCACGCUAACGCUCACAUUGCCCAUUACUGGCGACGAAACGCCGGACGUUUCAAGUGUGCCCGAGUCGCCACGUUCACCGAUAGACCUUUCGUUUCUCCCAGGCAUCCCCAACACCGAACCCUCGUCAAUCAACCCCACCACGCGAUCGUAUCUCUACGACUACGAUGAAAAGGUUCCACCCACGGUGGAAGAGAAGCGGAACCAACAGUUACUUGAUAAACUCGAGGACGACGACUUGGGCACAGUCAUGAGGUACGAGAUGUCCAGUAAGCGGAUAUGGUAGGCAAGAUAGAUUAAUUAACAGAUAUUCAAUGUCGAUCU